AUGAUGAUAUAUACGAGUUCUAUUUUCCUUUUAAUACAUAUUCAUGUCCUCUAUGGUGAUCUAACAUCAUAUAUUGACUUCGCUAGUUAUGGUACUGAUUUUAUUCCAGCUAAUAAAAUAGAGUUACGUGGUACACAUUUAUCAGUUGCUUCGGCUUUCGAUUGUGCUUUAUUAUGUCAUCAAGAUCCACAAUGUCGUACAUUUGUCUUUGAUUUAUCUAUCUGUCAACUUUAUGAAGGUUCUUCUAACACUGGUUCCAUCAUUGUUACAAAUUCUAGCAGUCGUAUGGUUGGUGCAAUUAAUUAUAGUAAAAUAAAUGUGGCAGCUGCUUAUAAUCAAUCAUGUGAUCAUUGUUUUCCUGAUAGAUAUCUUGUAUGCAGAAACAACACUUGUCAAUGUCCUCUAGAUACUUUUUAUGAUAAUGAAGGUAAUUGUAUGAAUCAAUUAUUUGUAGAUUCAACGUUAUCAUGUGAGAAUGAUAACUGGUGUGAACAAGACAUGAAUCUGACUUGUCAAUGUGGAAAAUGUCAUUGUCCAGUUGGAACAUAUUGGAUGAAUAAAACAUGUGUACCACAAUUUUAUGCUGGAAAAUAUUGUAAUACAAGUGAUCAAUGUCGUAAUGAUCUCAAUCUUGUUUGUUCACGAAAAAAUAAAACAUGUAUACCAAUGACUAUCGUGAAGAUGCCUGUUAUGACUGGAACACUUCCUAGUAAAUUCUCUUAUGUCGAUAUGUCAUUUAACUCAACUGGUGAAGAAUGGUGGCGUGGUUUCGAUGGUUAUAUUAGCACUAAAUGGAAUAGAUAUGGUGGUUAUAAUGUAUUAGAUUAUAUAUUUGUUACUUUUAAUGAUACAUAUCUACUAAAUUCCCUCCAACUGACAGUAGGUGGUGAUGCAACACAUGAUCCAAAAACAAUAGGUAUUUAUAUAGACGAAAAUGGAACAUGUUUAGCUCAAUCAUUCUCGUUUCCAGCGAUCAGCAACGGUACUUUCACCUUUUCAGCAAGUAUUUUUAAUACUACGAUGAAACCACUGGCAACAAAACAAGUGUUGAUCUCUAUUGAACGUUGGAGUAUAUAUCAAACCUGGUUAUAUGAAUUAACAUUCUUUGGAGGUUUAUAUUAA